CUGCAACUACCUACUCUAUGUCUCUAUUUACUCAUCACUAAUUCCUAAAAUUAAUGUGUACAUCUAUGCUUGUGUAGAAAAAGAUUGAAGCAUCAACAUCCAAAAUCAAAAAAUAAAAAUAGUGCAAAACCAGUACUACCAGAAUUUAUUAUUGCUAUAUAUAUCUCAUCAAUGUAGUGAUAGGGUUGCUCAACUGUAAAUUGAGGCAUUUAGUUGGGGUAGUAAAUGAACUCUAUAUAUAUAUAUAUAUAUAUAUAUCAAGCCUAGCUAAAAAGCAAAUCUGGUAAUAUAGUGUGAGACAAAGCCAAAAGAGCAAGUAAUCGAGUAUGUCCAGCACAAAAACCACCAUCAGCUCCAAUGCUGCUUCUUUGCUUCCCAGCCAGAGAUUGUUAGGAAAAGUGGCUCUGGUCACAGGAGGAGCCUCUGGAAUCGGAGAGGCAAUUGUGCGCUUGUUCCACAAACAUGGUGCAAAAGUCUGCAUAGUUGACGUGCAAGACAAACUAGGGCAACAAGUAUGCCAGUCCCUCGGCGGAGAACCGAAUACUGCUUAUCUGCAUUGUGAUGUCUCAAUAGAGGAUGAUAUUCGUCGCGCGGUUGAUUUUACAGUAGAUAAAUUUACUACUCUUGACAUCAUGGUUAACAAUGCUGGUGUUAUAGAGCAACUAACACCAGACAUUUGCGAUUUCGACUUAUCCAUGUUUGAUAAAACUGUCAGAAUUAACGCCAAGGGGGUGUUUAUUGGAAUGAAGCACGCUGCGCGGAUAAUGAUACCUCUCAACAAGGGCACAAUCAUUUCUACUUGCAGUAUGGUUAGUGCAAUUGCAGGUGUGUCUCCUCACGCUUACGCUGCAUCCAAGCAUGCUGUGUUAGGGCUAACCAAGAAUGUAGCGGCGGAGUUAGGAAAACAUGGCAUUCGGGUGAAUUGUGUUUCACCUUAUGCCCUUAUGACUCCAAUGUCUCAGAAUUCCUUGCCUGAGGAGGUGAGAAAUGAUGAGAUGUUUAUUGCUGGUUCCAAUGAUUUUAUCAGAAAGGUGGCUAAUUUACAAGGUGUGGAUUUCACUGUGGAUGAUGUUGCUAAUGCUGUGCUGUUCUUGGCUAGUGAUGAAGCUAAGUAUGUCAGUGGUGUUAAUCUUAUGAUUGAUGGUGGGUUUUCAAGUGUGAAUCACUCCUUCUCUAGCAAUCUUUGACUUUAUGUAAGUUGUGGCACCAUAUCUGCAUGUAUAUAUAAAUAAUUGCUAUGUUGUUUGUUAUUAAUUUGCUCUUAGUUGAAGUGAAUUAGAUAAAGUUCUGAAUCAAGUAUUCAGAACUUUACAUGUAAUCAAACGCACAUGGUUAUCAGGAACAGUUUGGGAUGUGUGUCACAUCGUUCUGUCAGAUUUUUUCUACACCACAU